AUGGCGGAGGCGAUGGACGUGGGCAAAGACAACGGGCCCACGCACUCCUCGACUCUGUUCCUGAGGGAAGAUGGCAGCUCCAUCUCCUUCUACGUGCGCCCCAGCCCGGCGAAGCGCCGGCUCUCGACGCUCAUCCUGCACGGCGGCGGCACCCUGUGCCGGGUGCAGGAGCCGGGCGCCGUGCUGCUGGCCCAGCCCGGGGAGGCGGCGGCCGAGGCGUCGGGCGACUUCAUCUCCACGCAGUACAUCCUGGACUGCGUGGAGCGCAACGAGAGGCUCGACCUGGAGGCCUAUCGGCUGGGCCUGGCCGCGGCGGCCGACCCGGCAGCGGAGACGAAGAGCGGGGCUCCGGCCGAGCGCGGCGCCGCCGCCGCCGGAGAGCCCGAGCGGGGGCCGCCGCCGCUCACCGGGCGCAUCGCCUUCACCGACGCGGACGACGUGGCCAUCCUGACCUACGUGAAGGAGAAUGCCCGCUCGGCCAGCUCCGUCACGGGCAACGCCUUGUGGAAGGCGAUGGAGAGGAGCUCGCUCACGCAGCACUCGUGGCAGGCCCUGAAGGACCGCUACCUGAAGCACCUGCGGGGCCAGGAGCACAAGUACCUUCUGGGGGACGCGCCCGUGAGCCCGGCCUCCCAGAAGCUCAAGCGCAAAGCGGAGGAGGACCCGGAGGCCGCCGACAGCGGGGAACCACAGAAUAAGAGAACUCCCGACUUGCCUGAAGAAGAGGAGGAGGAGGAAGAAGAGGAAGAAUUUGUAAAGGAAGAGGUCAAGGAGAAUGAAGAAACAGUCAAAAAAAUGCUUAUAGAAGCCCCCCGGGGGUUUGAGGAGGUUGUGGUGGAGGAAAGCCCUGAUUUUGAAAUACACAUAACAAUGUGUGAUGAUGAUCCACCCACACCUGAAGAAGACUCAGAAACACAGCCUGAUGAGGAAGAAGAAGGAAAAGUUUCUCCAGCGGAAGUGGGAGCUGCAAUUAAGAUCAUCCGGCAGUUAAUGGAAAAGUUUAACUUGGAUCUGUCAACAGUUACACAAGCCUUCCUAAAAAAUAGUGGUGAGGUGGAGGCUACCACCUCCUUUUUGGAGUCUGGUCAGAGGACUGAUGGGUAUCCCAUUUGGUCUCGACAGGAUGACUUAGAUUUGCAAAAAGGUGAUGAGGAUGCCAGAGAUACAUUAGUCAAAAAAUUUGGUGCUCAGAAUGUAGCUCGGAGAAUUGAAUUCCGAAAGAAAUAA